CUCCGCUAUACAAAUCCAUAACCUGCCACACCGUUGUUUUAAUUUAGAGAUGAGAAAAAGAUCCUUUUUUGAGCCACUGGGUUGAGGACCACCAGAGAUCCCAAUCUAAGAGUUUCUCUGACCGUUUCCACAAUAAUACAGUAAAGGCAACUGUCUGAUACCAAUAGCAUUUGAUUCCUUUAAGAUUCCCAUCUCCAUUCCAAUGAAAGUUUGUUAGUCAAGUCCUGAUUAGUGUUGGAACAGAGGAUCAUAUUUCUAUCAUCAUGGUUCAAAUUCUUUCAUAUUUUUGGCAAUUGUAGAAAGUUGAAUAUUUGCGGUUCCCUCAUAAAUAGUGCCUGCAGAGAAAACAGAAAUAGUUAGAGAUUGUAUCUGUAAUUAUUUCAAGUUAAGAGGAAAAUAGAGAGCACAAAGAGAGCCUUUUCGUAGCAAAUAAACUUGGGACUUUUUCUUCAAAGACAACCUAUAAGUGAAUUUAUCAAAGCGAAAGAAAACGUAAUCGCCGCUAACAGCAAAAAAAAAAAAAAAAACUUAACAAGGUGACAUGAAACGAAAUUUCACGCUGAGCACGCGCGAGCGAGUCAUUUGUAGGUUUCACUCGCGUCCUCGCAAAACAUCUCAACCCUGAACACGCAAAAGAAUCCCAUUCUUAAGAAUCAUAAAGCAUAACCGAUAACAAACCACAACAGUUAUCAACGAAAUUUCCAGUUAAACACAAUUAUCAUAUAAAACCGAGCAGAUUCCAAGAUUGUAUCAGGUCACAAUAUUCCAUUGCUCCCGGUUGGGUUUCAUUUGGAGUGGUCGGAUUGCAGACUCGGCUUUGAUUCUAACAUUUCUGAUGAUUGCGAAACUCGCCCAGAGCAAGUGCUGCUAAAAUAAGUCACAGCAAUGUGAGAAGUGAAAUCAAAAGCGAACGAGAAAAAAAAUUUAGAAAAUGACCGAUGUCUGCAAAGAGUUCAGCACAAACACAUAUUUGUUUCCGACCUGAUAAACAUCCGAGCAUGCCGGAGUCAAAUUCUUCAAUCGGAACGAUUCCUCAUUGGUCCUGACGCCGGGAAAGGUUAGUUCAACAAACUGCUAGUUCAUAAGAUAUUUUCUAGAUGAUCUAGACUUCACUGUCUCGUGCUAGAUUACGAGAAAGAGCACACCUCUACACUUCAUCGUUUCUGAACGGGAAUACAACAUGGAUAUCAAAACCUUGCUCCAUAAUCUCCGUGAAGAAGUUUCUUGUUCAGUUUGUUCCAACAUAUUCACCGAUCCAAAACAGCUACCAUGUUUGCACAGUUUCUGCCUAAAUUGCUUGAAACAGUGGCACAGAACAAGCCAUGGCCGAGACACAAUCAUAUGCCCAAACUGUCAAGCACUCAGCAGAGUCCCUGAAACUGGUGAUCUGAAAGAUCUUCCAACCAGUUUCUACCUCAACGGUAUGAUUGAUGUGUUGGCCAUCAAGGAAUGCAGAACCAACCAAGUGCGAUGCGGAAACUGCGACAAGAAAAGCUCCGAGACCUCUUAUUGUUUUGAGUUUUACGCGUUUUGGUGCAAUGAGUGCAUACUCGCGCAUAAAAUCAUCCGAAAAAAUAGAGGUCAUCGUGUUCUGGCGCUCAAAGACUUUCAAGACGAGGACUAUGAAGCGGUAUUGAAACGACCUUCAUGGUGCCCUAAACAAGGACAUAAAGGUGAAGAACUAAAAUACUUCUGCAAAAACUGUGAAACGGCAGUUUGCAAAGCUUGUGUCGUAGUAAACCACGCAGGUCACUCCAUGACACUGAUUGAAGAAGAAGCAGAAAAACAG